UUGAAAGGGAGCGUGCAUCCACUCCAGCCACAAGAAAAGAUGCCUCCCUUGCCUAGUGCGCAACUUGUUGAAAGCUCUCCGGCGGCUUCACUUCCUGGCGCCUUGCUCUUGUAUCGCUGAUUCUUCUGGCUGGGUUGCUUAUCACGCCUGCCGCGCGAUUGCCGCUUCGCUCUUCCAGAACUCGUUUUAGUUCUACUUGCGCAAUUCUGGAAACGGGGCAUAACUCGUUUGUGAUCAAGCUCAUCUUUCUUGAACCGAUUUCUGGAAAGACAGGAGAUCCACGGGUACUACUUGCCGGGCGUAAGUACUAAUGGGCCGCCAAGCUAGUGCUGCACGAAAUGACCUCGAGCAUAUGCUAUCUCAUGAAAACGAGCUGCCAAAGGCCUUGCCAUUAUCACUUUUGGAAGACAUUACGGAUGGUUUCUCUAAGAACCAUCAAAUUGGCAGCGGUGGGUUUGCAGUGGUCUACAAGGGAACGCUUGAGAAUGGGACUGUUGCUGUGAAGAAGUUGCUUGAAAGUCUUGAUAUUCCUGAUAAUAAAUUCAAUGAAGAAAUUCGUUGUUUGAUGAGGGUAAAGCACAACAACAUAGUCCGGUUCUUGGGAUAUUGUGCUAACAUACAAGGCCAAAUGGAAAACUACAAUGGAGAUUUUGUCAUGGCAGAUGUACGUCAAAGGUUGCUUUGCUUUGAGUAUGUACCUAAAGGAAGUCUUCAUGAGUAUAUCAAAGAUACAUCUUCUAGACUUGACUGGAUAAAGAGCUAUCGGAUAAUAAAGGGUAUUUGUGAAGGUUUACAUUACCUUCACCAGAAUUGCAUUGUUCACUUAGAUCUCAAGCCGGCAAAUAUUCUGUUGGAUGACAACAUGACACCAAAAAUUGCUGAUUUUGGUCUGUCAAGGUGCUUCGAUGAAAAGCAAAGCCAAGCUAUUACCGAAAAUAUGGCUGGAACAUUGGGGUAUAUGGCACCAGAGUUUCAUAGAGGAGACAAAUGCACGAUCACAUACAACUCGGACAUAUAUAGUCUUGGUGUCAUAAUUAUAGAGAUGCUGACAGGAAAGAAGUGGUAUCCAGGAUAUCCUGAUGUUGAUAAUGUACUUGAAACUUGGAGUAAUAAGUUAAGGAAAUCACAGCGGGACACACUUUUGAAACAGAUACGGUUAUGCAUUGACCUAGGGAUAAAAUGCACUGAUGGUAACCAAGCGAACAGACCAAAUACAUCACAUAUAAUCAGUAGGCUUGGUGAAUCAGAAAAUACAUGCAUUAUAACUGUUUUGACUUCUUCAACAGUACCACAGGUAGAAAGAACUUUGGAAAAUUUGGAGCAUACCACCAAUAACUUGCUUCUGAGGAGGAACAAUGUUCGUUAUAUGAAUGAUAUUGCCGAGAAGAAUGUUACUAUUGAGCAAGAGGCAGCUAAGGAACUUCAAGAGGCCCAAGAAUGUCUCGAUGAUAAUCCUCAUGUUGUUGAAGUCGAAUCUAUUCCAUCUAUGUCUGUUGACGACCGUAACCUUCAAGAGGCCCUCCGGCUCAUUAAGGAUGAUCCAGUGGGAGUAAUUGGAAUAUGGGGUCCAGGUGGAGUGGGGAAAACACGCCUUUUGAACAAAAUCAAGAACUCAAUUGAUGAUGACAAGACCUUUAACUAUGUUGUGCAAGUGACAGCUUCAAGGGGGUGUUCAGUGGAAAAGAUCCAAACUGACAUUGCACGCCAUCUCAAUCUGAACAGAGAUGGUAAUGUGGAAUCUCAAUCUCGUGUCAUUUUUGACUUUCUGAAGAAGAGAAGCUUUCUUGUAUUGUUGGAUGAUAUUUGGGGUCAAAUUGAUCUACAAGCAGUCGGCAUACCAUAUCCUCUUGGAUAUGCAAACCAAAUUUGGAGAAAGGUGGUGCUCACAACAAGAUCAAGAAGGGUUUGUGGUCAAAUGGAGGUGAGGAAAGAUUUGAAUGUAUCUUGUCUACACGAGGAUGACUCAUGGCAGGUAUUCCAGGAUAAGGUCGGCCACAAAACUCUUUUUUAUAGUCCUCGCAUUGAAGCUCUUGCAAGAGAACUAGUGAAAGAAAUGAAAGGCUUGCCAUUAGCUUUGAUAACUCUUGGAAAGGCAAUGUAUGGUAAAACUGAUACGGCUGAGUGGGAAUAUGCUAUCCAACAUAUGAGACGGUCAUGUUGUGAUAACGAUGACCCCCUGGAUAUGGAAAGAAUUGUUUUUAGCCAGAUCAAGUUUAGUUUUGAUAGUUUGCGAAACAAUACUUUGAGGAAAUGUUUCUUGACUUGUGCAUUGUGGCCAGAGGAUCAACAUAUCUACAAAGUAGAGCUCGCUCGAUGCUGGAUUGGCUUGGGUCUAGUGCAUGAGUCAGAUAUACAUAGUUCCUACACAAAAGCAUAUAGUCUGAUGGGUGACCUUUCAGCUGCAUGUUUGUUAGAUGGUUGUGGAGAAAUGUAUGAUUCUUUUAAAAUGCAUGAUGUGGUUCGUGACAUGGCUUUAUGGAUCUCUUGUGGAUGCAAUGAGAAAAAUGGCAAGUGGUUUGUCCGUGCGGGUAUUGGCCGGCACGAAAAUUUUAGCAUCCCUUGGAGCCAGGUUGAAUUUGUCUCAUUGAUGUGCAACUAUGUAUUAAAACUUCCUCCUGUUGGCUCUAAUCCAUGCCACAUGAGGAUGUUAUGCCUUGGAAAUAACUGGUUGCAUGAAAGCAUAUUAAUUGAAGAAAUCAAGAAAUUUACUUCACUGACAUAUCUGGAUUUGCGUUUCAACAAUCUCGGAGAAAUACCUGAAGAAUUAUGUUCCCUGACAAACUUGGAACACCUUGACUUGUCGCAUAAUAUUGAAAUAAAUGAAGUGCCUUACUCCUUUGGAAACCUAAUUAAGCUCAAGUUCUUGUACCUAGGAUGGACUAGCAUACAAAGGAUACCGGAGGGGGUCAUAUCUAAGCUUCAAUCAUUACAAGUAAUAGACUUCAACACUUUUUAUCUACGUCCAAUUCCGAAGGACCUUCUUUCUAGAAUGCUUCGAGAGUUGGGCACCCUACCCCACUUGAAAGCAGUUGGUAUCACUGCCAUGUGUUUUUCUCAGUAUAAAUUAUUACGAGAGAGUGAGGACCUCCCCAUCAGGUCUUUAACUCUGCGGAGACUCGAGACACGUGCAUUCUACUUCUCUGAUAUUCUAUCACAUGAGUUUGCACCAAGGACCUUGUAUGAACUGCUAAUUCACAUGUGCAUCAUGGAGGAAAUAAUAUUUGGACACGGGUUGGCAGAACCAAACUGCGGUUUUCGUACUCUCAAUCAGCUCAGCUUUUCAGAUUUGUCGAACUUGAGAGAGAUAACUUGGACGAAAACAUCCCCAGCAUCUCUAUUUCCAAGGCUCGCUUGUCUGGAUGUGCAUUCCUGCGGGAAACUAAACCACCUCUCCUGGGCGAUGGAUCUACCUUGCCUCGAACAACUCGUAAUAUAUGAUUGUUCUUCGAUGCGGCAAGCGUUUAUGAGGCACCAUGGUGAUAACCAGUGCAGUGGACAAGACAGUUCAAAGACAUUUCCUUGCCUCAGAUAUCUAAAAUUUCUGAGGUGUGAAUCACUGGUCGGUAUUGGGGAUCCUGAUAUGACAUUUCCAUCCCUAGAGCGACUGGUGCUUCAUCAUUGUCCGGAAUUGAAUAGGCUUCCUUUCAAGACGGACAACUUACCACGAAAACUGCAGGAACUACAGAUUGAUGUUGGAUCCUGGGAGAGAUUGGAAUUGGAAGAAGGUGUCAGAUCUUUCCUGCAGCCCAGGCUUAAAUUAGAAAAAGAGUAAAUACCAUGAGCUUGUUUCAUGCAUGUUUAUAGUAUCCAUGCUUCAGUUUACACCUUGGCCUGUAGCUUUGAUUGAUAGGAAUAUGUAUAUGUAAUAAUUGAUAUAAUUCUUAGCCGACUUGUGUAAAACAGGCUAUGAACUAAAUGCGUGCGAUU